AUGUGCUCUGCUGACCAUGGUGCCCACACCCUCUCCAGCGUAACAUACAAGACCAGCACCCUGAGACCAGCAGCACUCACUGCGAUGGAAUGCGAGGAUCCACCGGCUCGCCAGACGGUGAUUGAAAAGCCAAUUUCUGCGCCUCUGGUGCCACCAAAUCGCACCAAAGCCGCCGAUGAUCCACCACAGCAAACUGUUUCUCGGAAGGAAUCGAGCCCACCUAGUAUGCUCCCUAGUGAAAUGCAAAAUCGCGUAAUGACCCGUCUUAAUGUGUCUCGUGUGCUACAGGAGUCUACAAACCAGCAACAGAGUAACCCUGAUCUAGUCAAGGUGGGUCCCCGCCCGAGAGCUCAACUACUUUUCAACAGGACUCCGGCACAGCAGACCAGUUUUCCCGAGGCCUCGAAAGGGACCCAGUUUUUCUUUACUCCCAAAGCAGUACGUUGGAAACUCUUCUUUCUUAUGAACCUCAGUUCAUGCAUUCUUUUCGCAUUACCCAUAACUAAGGCUUCAUUGUUGCUUACAGCUCUGUGUGCCUACCUUGAGCGGGUACUCCUUAGGUCUUGCAACCACAAUAUGUCGCCUGGCCUAAAUGCCAAUUGGGCAUGA